UGUUUUAGUACUAUUAAAUUAAACAUAGAAAAGAAUAACAACUGACAAACCAAUCUCAAAAACUAUAACACAUUUUAUGAUGUUUGGUCCGGGCAAAGGCAUGGGAGGAGGAGGAGCCAACAUGUGGAGAACAGUUGGGAAAGUAGCAGUUGCCAGGGCUGGUGUUACCACUGAUAACCCUACAGCUUUCCAGGACCCACUUCCUUCUACUCCUUCUUCGCCAACUUCUACUUCCCACGGGCAAAAUAAUAGUGAUAAUUCUCUUUCUAUUUCUUCUGGGAGUUCUGCUUUUGGUUCGUGUAACAGUGGCGUUCCAAUCAGUGAAAAUUCUGGGUUGCCAAGUAACUGGCCUGCCGUUGCUGCUGAUGAGUUUGAGUGGGUGUCUUUGGAUGGGAGUCCAGAGGAUAAGCCACAUGGGGUUUUUGAUGAUUUUGUUUUAGGACCUGUUCCUUCUGUUGGUGAAGUCCAAAAUGUUGUCUCUGCUCUUCAAAGGGUUUUCAAUGCAAGCUCGUGUCCUCAGCUUAUCAGGGAUAAAUUCUCUUAUAAUGCUGGCAAGGAUAUAGCUUAUCAACUUCCAAGCCCAACUGGCUCAAUGCACCAGAUAAAUUCUGCUGGGUCUGAGUUGGAUUGGAUGGAGCCUUCUCUGCAUCUCUGUAACACAGGAGCAUUGCAACCUUAUGGAUCAAACAGAGUUUAUGAUGCUUUCCAUUUAUUGCAGACAGAGCCAAUGGUUCAGAAAAUGGUCAUUUCAUUGUCUUCUGAUGAAGCUGUUUGGAAUGCUGUUUUGAACAAUGAGGUGGUGAGGGAGCUGAGGGAGUCAUACUAUGCAGCUGAGGACAAUAAUCCACUGAGUUCUGAUGAGAGUUCAGGAGAGAAUUCUGAUGAAUCAAGCAAGGCAACGAAUAUCGUGAAGUGGAUUUUUGACAACAGCAAAGCAAAGUUCAUGGAUAUAUUUGAGAAAAUGACAAAGCUUGUGAAUGAUUUAUUUAAGUUGCCUCUUGAUAAUGAGACAACAACAGCAGGAACCCCAGAUCCAUUCGAAGAAAGGCUGAGAACCUCGUUCUUGCUAUCUGUUGUAGUCCUGUUGGUUGUGGUUGUGACUCGAGCGCACGCUGCUUGAAUAUAAUUUGACGACAUGACAGGUUGUAUCUACCAAUUUGGUUCUGUUAGCUUAACAUGUUGUAAGAUAAUGGAUAUUGGAACAUCUUUAAGUUUUAUGUCGUGCUUGUAUAGAAACCAGGGCAUCUUAUUUUAGGUUAUGAUUGUUAAGAUGUUUGUGUUCAAUUCUUCUGAACAUGGAAAUUUUAUAGUCAUUACAUUGGAGAGGUGAAAACUCUCAAUU